GCUCCAGUCAAAACGUGGUUUUGUGUGAAAUUAUAAUAGAGAUAUUAAAAUAACAAGAUUUGUUUUUAAUGCUAAAAAUAAACAUAGUGGCAGGCAACUACUACAAGCAUUGGCACGAUGAGCGAUCUUGAAGAAAUGGACCCUGAGCAAUUAAAUGAGCUGGAAUCAAUUCUUUAUGCCUCCAUACACUACAAUGAUGCAACUAGUGAACAGCAACAGCAUACACUAGCUGGAGAUGUGGAUGUGGACGCACAGAAUAUGCCACCGCCGCAACAGCAAAUAGAACAACAACAACAACCACAGCAGCAGAAUCAGCAGCAAAAGCAACAACACCGAUUUGUUAGUAACAAACGAAUCAUCAACAAUGCGACUGCAAAGCCUCGAUACUGGGCUGAUAACAAUAGCGAAACUGCAACAGUAAAUGAUAAUUUGACAUCAAAACCAAAAGGCACAGCUGAAACUCCUACCACAGCCGACGAGCCGGGUUCAACUACAGAGCAGGAUAAGCGAGAGACGGAUUCCACAAAGAAGUUCAACACUGCCAAGAAGUCCGCUUCUUCAACCAAACAGUCAAAAGCUCUCACUCCUGUUCAAAAACUUCUGCAGCAACAACAAAUGCGUCAACCACCAAAGGUGCAGCCUAAAAAACAGCCACAAAUACAAACACCACCGAAACCACAACAGAAGUUGAGCCCAAAAACUGAAUAUGAUGAACCUGAACGUUUUGAUCAACGCCUUUUGGUGGCCAUUCCAUCCAAUUGGCCAAUCGGCAAACGUCAGCAGAAAGGGCCAUUUGGCAAGGCCAAUCGAAAGCUGGAGCAGCAUCAGCGUCUUGCAGAGAAGCGUCAAAAAUCGAAGCGUGCGCAGGCCAACAAGAAGCUAAGGCAGAACAAGGGGAAGCCCUUGGAGCUAAUCGAUCUCGUGGAUAGUGAAAAAUCCUCAGAUGCUGACGAUGUGGUGAUUGUGCCGUUGCCACCGGUACCUAUUAUAAAUGUCGAUGCCAGCGAUGAGGAGCAGGACCAGCAGCAGCAGCCAGAGCUGUCUUAUCUGGAAGAGAAUGCCAUGGAUGCAGCCGAUGUUAGUUUGACCGGCGAUCGGCAAACCACAGAACAAGUCGCCAUGGCUUCGCAGCUGAAUUCACCUUCGAGUUCCGUGUUAUCUAGCGAUGACUUCAUUGUACAAAAGGAUACGAGUCGCCUGCUGGCCGAACGUGCUCGCGCUACGGACGAGGAUCUGCUCGUGCUAACAGAGAAUGCUAUGCGAGCAGCCGAGCCGGUCAGCGAGGAGAAGGAGCAGGCGGCGGACACCUCUUCGGAAUAUGAGUUUGUGCCGCCCUCUAGGCUGGAAGAGAUCAAACAGAACUAUCGUGUGGAUGAGCAACAAUUUCGUGCUCUGGAUGUCUAUGAGAGCGAAUCAGAUCUCACAGAGAGCGGUGUCUACUGCAAGGCCAAACAAAAGCCUGUGCCAACAAUUAUACGCAACGUGGACUCCGACUCGGAUUUGUCGGACAUCGAACAGGUCAUAGAACCCAUUGUGAGCAAAACAAAGCGUUUGCGCAAGCGACGCGCUUCGAGCACCAACCAAAGCCAAUCGGAUCCCAAUAAUGAGUGCGAUCAGAAUGAAACAGAGAGCGAUGAUGAUGCCGGUGUGCAAUCAACAGGUGUGCCGGGCAUCGCACGUGGUAUGGCUGUGGAGCGUUGCAAGCGUAAAAUACGACGCAUUAGUCAAAGACGAAACUCGGAGAGUGUGAUUCCAGCAGAGCAGCAUAAGAAGACACCCGUUGAUGACGCCAGUUCAGAGUCAGCGGGAGAGGAGUCGCUGCCCACAGCACGUCAAAUCGCUGAACGAUUGCUCAAACAGAAGAAGGAAAGGGAACGGGCUACACCCGAGCAGCGAAAUGAUGAGACUAUGGACAGCAUUGGCUCCGAUGCGAAUACUGAGGAUGAGGCAGAGAUGAAUGAUGCGAUUGUGGCAGUCUGUAUGGAAAUUGAUAAGCAGAAGCAGGAAGUGAGCACCACAAAGCCGGACCAGGAGCUGGAGCCGAAACCGGAGGGAGAAGCAGAGGCGGAGGCAGAGGCAGAGGCAGAGAAUAUUGAAUCGAAUGAAGCUGAAGUAAAUAAUAUUAAAAUUCAGUCUGAGCCACAGCUGGAAGCAGAGGUGGCUGAGGUGCAAGUGGUGCACAAUUUGCCGGCGUUGGAGGAGGAAGUGAAUGUCAAGGAUUUGAUUGGGUGGAAUGAUGAGAUGUGUCGCUUCUACAAUGACAGCUGGCAUGGUGAGAAUUUCAAUCUGCAGAAGAUAUUGAGGGGCAUGUCAGGUCAACGCAGCGAGUGGCGCAUCAACCAUGCCGAUCGCUUUCCGCCUGCGCGCAAACGCUCGAAUCUGAAGUGCAGUAAUUGCUAUGAAAUGGGACAUAUGCGCUCCAAAUGUCCGCGUCCACGCAAGCCCAUCAUUUGCUACAUGUGCGGUAUGACAGGGCAUGCCGAGCCACGUUGCCCCAAUGCCAUGUGUCUGGGUUGUGGCUCCAAGCAAUCUAUCUAUGUGCAGACUUGCAAUAAAUGUUCGUUUCAUACCCGGAUGAUCUGCCAGUUGUGCAAGAUGCGUGGCCACAGCAGCGACAAGUGCCCCGACUUGUGGCGUCGUUAUCACUCCACAACCCGCACCAAUGCGGUGCUAAACAGCAACGUGCAGUAUCGCACAAAGCACUGCAGCUAUUGCGCCCAACGUGGUCACCUCUUUGAGGAGUGUCGCCAGCGCAUGGGCGAGUUUCGCAAUGUAAACCACACCAUUCGUAUUAUAUCACAUCAGAAGGUCUACCAGGAUCGCAGUGAACCCAUUAGCUAUCUGACUGACUUGCGCUCUUCAUUUUCCUUUGAUUUGCAUUUUCACUUUAACUGGAGCUCAGCGUUUUCGAAGAACAGCUGCUAUGCACGCUUUCUCAAGGCAGUUGGUUUGGCGAAGCCGGCGGAGAAGCGCAAGAAGAAUGCUCCAGUGCAACAGCAGCAGCUGAAGCUCUAUACAAAUGAUUAUGUGCCCAAUCCACACGCCAGAGCAUCACGUCGUAAUUCAACAGUUACAACCUCUUCGGCGGUUGCUGAGGAGCUGCCAGCAUUACCUGAUACUGCUUCGGUAGCGGUAAAAGAUUCAAAAGUAGCUGCAACAAAGCCUGCUUCCGAAGAAAUUCAACAGGAGGAGAUUAGCAGCAAUUUUGAGAGCAAGUCUACAGCAUCCAAAAAACCCUGCAGCAACAGUAAUGCUUCGAAAUCCACUGUCACCCCACAUGAUUUGGACUCGGACUCGAACUACAGCUUCUCCGAGCACUUUGAGGUGCCCAGCUCCACGACUAGAACAAAUGAGCCGGAUAGUGAAGCACCACCGGCGAAAACAGGACCCAUGGAGAAUCUGCCCGAUAUAAUACCACUUAGCACUAACGAAGAAGAUGAAGCCAAUGAUGCGACCAUCAGCACUAACAGCCAGGGUAUUUCCAUGUGUGUGAACAGCAAACCGGCUCCAGCAACAGCAACAGCGCAGCCAGAAAGCUUGCCAGAUGUUCCUUCAGAGGCGAAGAUUCUCAUGGCACGUGAUCAAAUCGAAUAUCUGUUCAGUCCAGAGGGUCGCGAGUUCUUAUCUGCUUCAGCUAAGCUUUGCAAUGUCAGUGUGCGCAUGGACUUCAAGGAAUACGGCUAUGUGCUCGUUAUCUAUGGAUUGAAGAAGAACCAGGAGGACCUACAGCUUAGGCUAUUGCGUCGCAAUCAGGAUGUCAAGCGCAAGAGCAUUGAAUUCCAGAGCCAAAAGCCGCCAAAGCGCAUCGAUGUGCUCAUACGUUUUAUGCGCGAUGGCAUCAGCAGUUUGGCUGGAGAUCUGGGCAAUGCCAAGGCGCAUUAUUUCCGCAUCAAGGAGCUGGAGCAAAUGAAUACCAAAAGUGGCUACAAACUGGCCGAACGCAAGCGUCGUCUGCUCAAUAUGAUACUAUUUGGGCAGGCAGGUCUGAGCAAUGGCAACAUGCACUUGGAUCAACUGUUGAUCAUACUGAAGCGUCUGUUAAAUGAGCAUGCUGGCGAUGAGAACGCCACACCUGCGAUGCGCAAUGAAAUCGAAGAGCAUUGGCGCAUCAUAUUCAGUGCUUAUCCACAUCCCAAUUAUGAAUCGCUGCUGCAGGCCUAUUUCAAGUUGGAUGUAAAGAACCGCAUGAGUUCGCUGAACAUUGAGCCAGCUUUGCUUGGCCAGCAGGUUGUUAGCAAGAAAAGAGAGCGCAUUGCCUCGCCACCACCCGCUGGAGCCACUGAUUCCACCAACAAGACUUCUUCGCCCAACAAACGUGUUCUGCUAAAUGCCAAAUGGGCUGAUCAACAGCAGAGAGGACCCCCACCACCGCCUUUAUGGAAACCUGAUGAACGCGCACAGUCCUCACCUGUCGCACAGCCGACUAGCAAUUCACGUAAUGCUAAGCUACGCACACAGCCACAUGCCAAGUCGGCGGGGCAACAGAAGAAGCAGUUGCCUCCCCCGCCGCCCAUUUGGCAACACGAGGAGCAGCAACAGCAACAACAGCAGCAACAGCAACAGCAUCAGCAGCAGCAGCACAAUAGCUACAACAACAAGCAACGCAUACCAAAGCAGCAGCGAGACAAGCCUCGCCCCGUCCAACAGCAGCAGCAGCAGCAGCAGCAGCAGCAACAACAGCAAAAGCAUUUAUUACCCUUUAACAAUAUGCAGCAACGUACACCAGUUGGCAAACUGCACUUGCAACGCAAUCGUCCGCUGCAAUCCGAAUGCGUGCGCCUGUUGGCUGGCAUGGAGCGUGGUGAUUCCCGCAUCAACACGGAUGCAUCGAAGCCCUCCAUGUUCUGGUCACGAGAAUCGCUGAAAUAUCUUGACGACCUGUUCAAGAUGACGUCAAAUUCGGAGACGUUGGAGCGCCUGCAACGCGUGCUGGAUCGUUCGCGUCGAGGAGAGCUGUCGCAUAACGACUAUCGUGCUGUGAUACGGCUGCACUCGCUAAUGGAGCCCCACUGAGCGGGGUAUCAUCUUAUCAAUGGGGGACUUAGAUUAAGAGAACAUAAAUAAUGGAAUCAUAAUUAUGGGUAUAUAUCAGAUAUAAUACCCAGCACCGAAUAAAUGAAAUCUUGACUUGAGUUUGACUAA